AUGAUUAAGGAAAUCAUAGACGCAUUAACGAAUAUCAAAUUGGAUAUUAUCAGGAAAUGUGUGAGUAAUUUAACAAAGGAUAGCUCGAUUUAUUGCUCGCAGCGGGUUGAUAAUUUGUUUAAUCAUGUUGUAUUCGGUGGAAAAUAUGAAAGAAGUCAAUUGUUGAUCUCAACAUACAAAGCUUUAGAUAGGGAUGCUAGUUCUAAACGCAUUUUGGAGGUAACGAAAGUCGCUGCUUGUUUAGAAAUCUGUCAGGCUUUCCUCUUGACAAUUGACGAUAUAAUGGAUGACAGUAUUAAAAGACGCGGUAAGAACUGCUGGCAUACGCUGCCAAGUAUUGGUUUAAAUGCUUGCAAUGAUGCAAUUUUGCUAGAUUGUAUUGUUCAUGACGUGUUGAACGAUGCUCUUGUCCAAGAUUGUGAAAACUUUUUAGAAAUUUUAUUUACCGUGAACCUUAUAUAUAUAAUAGAAUUACAUUUCAGGUACCGCGACAUUGUUAAUAAUAAAACAAGUUAUUAUUCUUUUUAUUCACCUAUAAAAAUUGCAUGUUUACUUGCUGAUCAACCACUGGUUCCAUCUCAGUGGAAAUCGCUGGCUUUCAAAAGUGGAUAUUUAUUUCAGGCACAGGAUGAUUAUAUUGACUGCUUUGGUGAAUCGAUUAUCACGGGGAAAAUUGGCAGCGAUCUUCGGGAAGGUAAAUGUACAUGGAUCAUUUGUAAAGCAUUGGAUCAAACAGUUAGCCGUCCUGAUAUUAGGCGGACUUUGACUGUAUGUUGUGACUAUAUAUUUUUUAUCAUUAUUUUAAAACUAAUCGCCAUUAUCAAAAUUUUUUUAUAG